AGUCAGAGAACACCAAGAUGCUGCGUUUGAGCCACACACUCAUCGCUAUAUUACUGCGAGUGAUUGUGGCGUACGGAGCCAAAUGGGGCUACUCCAAUGGAGAAAGCCAAUGGCUUCAACACUACCCAUACUGUGCUGGACCUAUGCAGUCUCCAGUAGACUUCAAGACAGGGAGGCUCAUCUUUGACGCAUCUUUACAUCCAAUUGUGCUUGAGAACUAUGAUCUGACCGGUCAAGGCACUCUUACUCUGAAAAAUAAUGGACACUCAGUCCUAAUAGUACUUCCCUCAAAGAUGUCCAUCACCGGCCUCCCUCAACGCUACACUGCAGCUCAGCUCCACAUCCACUGGGGCUCCAAAACCAGUCCUCGGGGCUCUGAGCACAUGGUCAACGGUAAACAGUAUGCUGCGGAGCUGCACAUUGUUCACUACAACUCAGAAAAGUACCCCAACGUAUCCAUGGCUUUUGACAAAUCUGACGGUCUGGCUGUAUUGGGUGUUUUUAUUGAGAUUGGGGCCUCCAGUCCAGGCUAUGAAAACUUUUUAUCACAUCUCAGUCAAAUCAAAACCAAGUCUAACACCAAAACAAUUCCUGCUUUUGACAUCAGCUCUCUGAUGCCGAAGCGUCUGGAUGAGUAUUUCCGCUACGACGGCUCUCUGACGGCACCACCUUGCUAUCAAAAUGUAAUGUGGACAGUGUUCAAGAAACCUGUCACCAUCUCUCAGGCUCAGUAUGACACCUUGACAGCAACCCUCCUCGCCUCCCCGGCCAAUCACGUCACUGCCGUGCCUCUUGUUAACAACUUCAGGAAUCCACGCCCUAUUGAGAACCGUGUUGUCUUGACCUCCUUUAAGCAAGAUGACAGCAGAUUUUUGUCAACAGGUUUGCAGAUUCCCAUGUUGGUACUAGCACUGAUUGUCAUUGUCUUCGUGCUAUGUUGUUUCAUGAGACCAAAGAGAAAUGCGAGGGUAAACAAGACGAAGAAGAAUGCCAACAAUCUUAACUUAUUGACUCGCAUCAAAUGCAAAUCCAAAAUGUCACUAAAGGCCUCUUCAACUUUUCAAAUAAAUGCUUCAGGAACCAAUUUCCGCAUUUAG